UUUAAUAUCAAUGAAUGUGCCUCUAAUCCAUGCUUAAACAAUGGAAUCUGUAUAGAUACUGUAAAUGGCUUUAAAUGUCAAUGUUCUCAGGGAUGGACUGGAGAACAUUGUGAAAAAGAUAUUGGAAAAUGUGAUAUUUCACCUUGUCUAAAUGAUGCUAAAUGUAUUGAUCUAUUCCAAGACUACUUCUGUGUAUGCCCAUCAGGAACUGAUGGAAAACAAUGCCAGACUUCACCUGAGAGAUGUAUUGGAAAUCCUUGCAUGCAUGGUGGUUUCUGUCAUGAUUAUGGAAGUGGUCUUAAUUGUACUUGUCAAUCAGAAUAUGCUGGAAUUGGUUGCCAGUUUGAUUUUAAUGCUUGUGUUAAUAAUGUUUGCCAAAAUGGUGCUACUUGCCAUGACAUAGGAAAUGAUUUUAAAUGUAUAUGUCCACCUGGUUUCACAGGAACCUUUUGUGAUGAAGAUAUUCCUGACUGUACUUCAACUUCUUGUCCACCUACAGCAACCUGUAUUGAUUUGACUAAUAGUUUCUAUUGCAAAUGUCCUUUCAAUGUAACUGGUGAAGAUUGUAGAAAAGCCAUUAACAUAGAAUAUGAUCUGUAUAUAAAUGACGAGAGUCGUUCUUCAAGUGUUGCACUUGCUGCACCAUUUGAUUUAGGUUCAUCUAGUUUAUCUAUAGCCCUAUGGAUACAGUAUAACAAACUUGAUACAACUGGAACGUUCUUUACUCUAUAUAGUGUGGAUUCUCCACAUUUACCAAUUGGGAAGAAAGUGCUGAUACAGAUUGAUGAUUCUGGCAUACUGAUAUCAUUAUUUCCUCAUUUAACUCCUGAUCUUUUUAUUCCAUAUUUACAAAAUGUUCCAAUUAAUGAUGGCCAGUGGCAUCAUAUUGUAUUUGUUUGGAAUGGUGAUGAGGGUACAAUCAGUCUUAUAACAGAUACAGCUGUAGCAGGUGGAAUUACAGAUUAUGUCAAGGGAGAAAUAUUACCUGAUUAUGGAUGGAUUUCUCUUGGAGCACCAUUAAAUAAUGAAAAUAAAGCCAUGACAAGAGCUGGUUUCCAUGGCAAAAUCAGUCGAGUUAAUGUUUGGGGAAGACCUUUAGAUGUCACAGUUGAAAUUCCAGUACAAUUUAGAAGUUGUAAAAAUGCACCUGUACUUUAUGAAGAUCUUCUUCUCAGAUGGACAGGAUUUGAUAGAGUCGAUGGCACAGUUGAACGAGAAGGACCUGGUACAUGUGGUGAACCUGUAUGUCCUGUUGGUUAUAUUGGGGAUGAUUGUGGAAUUUUACAAAUGGACAAAACUCCACCUAAAGUUACAUAUUGCCCCUCAGAUGUAUGGAUUAUCAGUAAAAACAAUACAGCUAUAGUGAAUUGGGAAGAGCCACGUUUUGUUGAUGAUUUAAAUUCUUUGCAUGUUGAAGAAAGAAAUGGUCUUAGACCAGGUCAGUCAUUUAUGCAAGGUACUUAUGAUUUAUCAUAUGUUGCUGCUGAUGAAUCAGGAAAUACAGCAAAAUGUGAUUUUAAACUUCAUAUUUUAGAUAAAUUCUGUCCAUUGCCACCACCUCCUGAAGGGGGUUCCCGCCAUUGUUCAGACUGGGGUCCUGGUGGUCGAUUUAAAGUUUGUACCAUUACCUGUGAAAAAGAUCUUGAAUUUUCUCAAGUUAUUCCAAAAUUCUAUACUUGUGGUAGCGAUGGAAUCUGGCAUCCUGCAUCAGAACCUAGAAAUCUUAUCUUUCCAUCUUGUGCACCCAAAGAAGCUGCACAGCGUAUAUUCAAAAUAACUAUGAAUUUCCCAACUACAGUGGUGUGUUCUGAUUCAGGAAAGAAAAUCCUAUAUUCUCGAAUUGUAAACAGUUUGAAGCGAGUUAAUCACGAAUGGCGUAUAUGUACUGAUUAUUCGUCUGGCUCCUGCAGUGGAUUACGUGUAAAUGUUAAAUGUAACAAACAAGGUCGUGUCACAAGGCAAUUAGACAAUAAUGACCUUUACACUGUAGAAAUAUCAUUUCCAUCAAAUAAUGAUCCUGUGACUAAUAUUAAUACACAACAGCAAUCAACAGUUCAAAAAGUUGUAGAAACAGCAAUUUUGCAGAACUCGGCUUUUGAUGUGCGAGAUACAUUACCAAACGUUAUACCAGAUUUGACAUCACUUAACAUGAUUACUGACUAUUCUUGUCCAGCUGGCCAAGCUGUAGUUGCUCCAAACUGUGUUAAAUGUGCCAGAGGAACUUAUUACAAUAAUUAUACACAAUCAUGUAUACCUUGUAUGGUUGGAACAUAUCAGAAUGGUAUCGGUGAAUUAAUUUGCAAACCAUGUCCUAAAAUAGGCAAUAAACAAGGCAUUACUAUGUCCUCAGGAGCACGAUCGGUAGAAGAAUGUAAAGUUAACUGA